AUGACCAAACAUCGUAAAACUCUUAAACCAGGGGAAGCAGACCAUCGGAGGCCAUCCGAAGCUGCAACUCUUGUCGAUGAGGCAUUGGGUCGUCGAGAAGCUAGAGGACGUCAUAUACAGUUCGCCGACCAUAUCACUGAGUCCAUGACAUUGAUCCAUGGCAUCCUUAAUGAUCAGGAGCAUUGUGCUAGCGGUGGCAGCGUGCUUGGAAGUUUGCUUAGGUUAGAAGCGCAACUUCAGUCGGCCCAAACUCGUCUAGAACCACGAGCCCGUAAAGAUUCGCAUCAUCACAGAGAAGAUCGAAGAAGGGUAAUCGCCUAUUAUACACAAUUUUCUCCUAUUUUCAACCAUCCAUCACCAGCGGCAUCCGAUACAUCGCUGGAAGCUUUGAGAAAGCGCCCUCGUGCUUGGCUCACCAAUGUAACCUCAAGUAGCCAUCUCGUUCCGAGUUUGCAGACCCGGAAACGCGAAAUAUCGUCAAGGAAAAGGGAGCAAGAUAGCCUAUUUACCACAUCAUCGCAAUUUGAGCCUAUCUCCGUUGAAGACCGCGUACGGAUUGCCUUUGAAAUUGCCAACAUUCUGCAGCGUCAACAAUUUUUGCGUAAACUCACGAAAGCCUUGAUGCUUUAUGGUUGUCCUGCACACAGACUCGAGUAUAUUCUUAAGCACGUAUCAGAUACAUUGAAGGUCGAUGCAGAAUUUGUCUAUCUGCCCAAUAUUAUGCUUAUGACAUUUUUUGACCCCGAGACACACACGACGGAAACACAUUUCAUACGUCAGUCGUUGGUUUUCGAUAUGCACAAGCUGGGCGAGAUCUAUCGGCUGGAAAAACUUGUAGGCCAUGGCGAAGUGACUGUCGACGAAGCUCUUGAAUUUAUCGAUCGGGUCGCCGAUGAACCGCAGUUCUAUCCGUCGUGGCUCAAUCCCUUUAUAUAUGCGAUUAUCAGCGUUUGUGGUAGCGUUAUGUUUUUCGGUGGUCGUUGGAAGGAAGCUGGGUUGUCAGCUGGCCUGGCAAUGUUUUUCGCUCUGUAUGAAUUAUUCAGCGAAAGGUUUUGGGGUUUCCGACCUAUUUGGGAAGUUACAGUGUGUAUCGUCAUUGGAUUUGUCUCUCGAGCGUCCACAAAGUUCGGCUUUUGUUUUAUACCCACCGCAUUCUCAUCUUUCAUCGUCAUUUUACCCGGUUAUUACAUGGCUAUUGCAGUAAUUGAGCUGAUUUCAAGGCAGAUGGUCAGCGGUAUCGUCCGUACCGGCUACGCAAUAAUUUUUUCGUUUUUACUUGGCUACGGUGUUUCCAUGGGUUCUGCCUUGUACAGAGCCAUCGAUCCAAACACACCAACAGAUACUGCUCCCGACUGUCAAUUGGCUGCCAAUGCAAACACGUGCAUAGUUUCUGAAUCGCAAUAUUAUCACUUUCUAACAGUCCCCGUCUUUUCCAUGGCAUACUGCCUACUUUUACGUGCCCGCUUACCCCGAUGGCCGACAGUCAUAUUUGUAUCGGUCUGUGGAUUUGCUGUUAACUGGCUACUUUCGUGUAUCGCGAGCGCGCCAUCUCAAGUGAUCCAGGUCGUACCGGCUUUUGCAGUAGGCUUGAUUGGGAAUAUUUUAACCAAGAUUACUUCCAAAAUGUCGUUUGAUGCAGUUUUGGUUGCAGUCUUCUACCUUGUCCCUGGAAGUUUAGGCCUCAAAGCAGCGAUCGGAAUCUUCUCAGGACAAGAGAGUGCUUAUGGAUCACAAGGGGCAUCAUUCGCACUAAGCAUGAUUGAAACAUGUAUUGGUAUAGCAGUAGGAUUGGGAAUUGCGAAUCUUAUUGUUUAUCCAAAGGGAGCUCAAAGAACUCCUCUUCUUAAUAUGUAA